AUGGCCGAAAGUAAAAAACAUAUACUCCAGGGAGGUACCACCCGUAAAUCGGGUGGAGAAUCCUCCACCGUCGCACCGGGUAAGCCGGGGGCGGUCAGCCCCAUGUAUCUGGAGGGGGCAACCGAGGCCAGAAGAGGGGGAGUGGUUGGAAGUGAGAGAGAGGUAAUGGUGGUUUUGAGGAGAGAUUGGGAUUUGGACAGGAGGAGCAGGAGUGAGUGUGACGAGGCAGAGUACUACAUGGAGCGCUCUGACUCGUCACUCUCACUGUACUCUGAGGAUGGCGCUGUAGGAGGAGGCGAGCCCAGCACAUCUCGGGCUUCGCUGCGCAAACGCAGAAUGAUCGAAGUGGAGGUAGACCCGGACUUGACAUUCGAUGAGGAGGUGGAGGUCGUGGAAGUGGUCGCGACCCCAAGGCCUAAACAAAGGCCGCCACCGACCCGAGACCCGGAUUUGGAAAAGGCGAAGGCCGAUUUGGCCGCCGCCACUCGGAGAGAAAUGGAGACGAAGGCAACACCUGCACCGAAGAAAGCGAGUGCUCCGAAAUCGGCGGCGCGCCCUACCACCCGCAGACCCUCAGAUGAGGAUGCGCAGCGCGCCGACGUGUUAGUGUCGGAGAUAAAAGAGAGUGCCCUCAAGGUUCUAGAGGCAGUGAGGAAAUCCGGCCACUUGAAGGGCACAGUAGUGAAGGAGAUAAAGGACGCCGUCGCUACCAUCCGCGCGGCGUCUGAAUCUCUUGACGGGAGGACAGCGUCAACCGAGUGCGCAGCUCUGCGCCGAGAGAAUUCCCGGUUGUCACGUGACUUGGCGGACAUGCGGGAGAUGAUGACCGCAAUGAGGGAAGAGUCCGCCAAGUACUACGUGGAACUGAGGGAUUUGAAAAGGAAAACCAUGGGGUCUGCCGCCCAGAGCUCCGACGAGCUGGCGAUGCUCAAGGCGGAGAGAGCAGAGUGGGAACGCGAGAUUGCCGCAACCCGCAACUCCUUCGAGGAGUUAAUGAAGAAGAGUUCUGAGGACCGGUUGGCGUUGUCAAAGGCGCAAAGUGAGUUGGCGGCAGCCAAAGUCGCACUGGCUAACCAGCCACAAAGUGCGGCCAUGGACGUGACAUCCGGCGCCCAAGGUGUUGAGUCGAGCGAAACGCCACCCAUCACCGAGGGCGCCGAGGCGAGAAUAGUCCGCCAAAUCGGAGACAUUUUUAAUGCCCGGUUUGAGCGGAUUGAGGAGCUUGUGGGCAGGACUCAAAAACCGCCGCCUAAAAAGACCACGGCUGCACCCCGAACACCUGGGGCAGCCAAGAAAGGAGGAAGUACGGCCCCUGUAGCCAGUACUAGUGGAGCAGGGGUGAGCGCCUCGCAGCCGGCGCCAUCCUCAUCGGAGCAAUGGACGACCGUAGUCCGGCGAGGAAAACGGGCCAGUGCAGCAAAGGGUCAGCAGUCGGCCCCAGCCACACAGGCGCCCACAGGUGGGGCUAAGACGGGCCAGAAGAAGGCCACCACGGAGGCUGAGAGUGAGGCCACCAGAAGGAAAAGGGCACGGAAGCGUCAAUUCCGUCCCCCGCGAUCCUCGGCGGUAGUUUUAACACUGCAGCCGGGGGCCGAGGAGGCGGGAUCGAGCUAUAGCUCGGUGCUCCGAGAGGCCCAACAGAAAAUCCAGUUGGACGCCCUCGGAAUCACCGAGUUGGGCUUUAGGCUGGCCAUAACGGGGUCUCGCAUACUCGAGGUGCCGGGACCGGUGGAGGAGAGUGGCGGGAAGGCGGAUGCCCUCGCCGCAAAACUGGCCGAAGUGUUACCGGCGGGUGUGGUCAGCGUGUCCAGACCAGUGAAGUCCGCGGAAUUCCGCAUCCUGGAUCUCGACGACGCUACAACGGCAGCUGAAGUGGUGGCAGCCGUUGCGCGCGAGGGAGACUGCGCCGAGGCCUCCGUGAAAACGGGGGAGAUCCGGCGCUCUCCCUCAGGGAGUGGCUCCAUCUGGGUGCGCUGCCCUGUUGGUGCUGUCAAACGGCUGGUCGACGCCGGCAAGCUGAGAGUGGGGUGGACUAUGGCACGGGUGCGGUCUUUGGACCCCCGGCCGAUGCGGUGCUUCCGCUGCCUGCUCACAGGUCAUGUGGGCCAGCGGUGCACCGCCAAGGAGGACCGCGGCGGAGCUUGCUUCCGCUGCGGACAAGACGGCCACAAGGCCGCAUCGUGCACCGCCCCCUCGCCGCACUGCCCCUAUUGCGCAGCGGCGAAGAAGAAGGCGGACCACCGUAUGGGCAGCACCAAAGGGUGUCGCCCGGCGAAAGUGGCGAGAGUGGAGGAGAUGGAGGCCGAGUCCGGCCCGUCACCUCCCACCACGGGCCUCGCGGCAGCUGACGCGGGGGCGUCAGCUGUCACGUAA